AAACGUAUAAUAAAAUUUUUUAACUUCCGUUUCUUCAUUCCCUCACAAGAAUCAAAAUGCAGAAACGUAAAACUAGCAGCUCCAAAAAAUCGAAAAUGGCGGGAUCAGCGUUGGCCAUAACCACCACCAACAAGGAGAGUGAAAACCACGCAUGCGACGAGUGGCAAGUCGAAUACGCGCGUUUCGUCAACUGCAGCUCGUCCGCUUUUGAGAGCACUCAUCCUUCUCUGACGCCGGUUCCGAAGAGUCGCCUCCGCGGCGUCUGGAUUUCAUCGUCCACCGCCGCCUCCGUCAAGCUCAUCUACGAGAGAACCUCCUCCGGAACGGAUGAUGCGGUUCUCGUCCUCUCUCUCCGAUCGAAAACCCUUGAGGUGCAUUACAUCUCGAAGAUGCAUUUCUCAUGGCCUCAAAUAUCAUGUAUGUCGGGGUUUCCAGCAAGGGGAAGCAGGGCUGUUUUUCUGAGCUAUAAAGAUGUUGAUGGCCAGAUGCAGAAGUUUGCCUUGCGGUUUUCAGCUAUCCAUGAAACAGAAAAAUUCAUGAAUUUUGUUAAGGAAAUCUUGGAAAAUGGAAGUCCACUGCUUCAAUGCCCUGAAUUGAAGUCUGAAAUGUCAUCUCAAGCUGAGGCCAUCUCUUCUCAUGUCACUAUAUCCAAAAGCUGUGGUGAGCUGCAGUACACACAACCAGUGGAUGAAGCUGCAAAGACGGAGCUCAUUUUCCCUCCGAGUCAUAGCACCCAACUGAUGCUUCCAAGCUGUGCUUUUGAAGCAACUCAAGAUUCAAAGCCACUUGAAGCUGCAAAGACAGAGGCUGUAUAUCCCCCAAGUUUCACACAGUUGAUCAAUAGCUGCCGCCCUGCAGUUUCUGAAGGUCAUUUUCCCUCAUCCGCCAUCCCGUUUGAUGCAUCUUUCUCUGAGUAUCUGGAUGCAGCAACAAAGACAGGAUCUGGAGAUCUAAGAACUCAAUUUGUGCAAUAUCUGGAAGGAACUCCUUUCAAAGAACUACUGGCGACAGUAGAGAAUGUCAUCAGCCAAUUAGGAGACGACGCGGUGCUGUAAGUUUAAAUUUGUGAAGAAUGCAAACUAGUUUGUCAUAAACUCCUUUAUCUUUAGCAUUUUCA